AGAGUCAGGAGGAGGAAAGAGGAGGAAAAGAGCAGAAAUCAUUCCUUAGACUUUCUUUGCUGAAAAGUUUAUUUGCUGUAUUUGAGAACUAUAAAGACCAAGAAAAAUGAAACUUAUCAUUGGAAUAGGAGGUGUGACCAAUGGUGGAAAAACCACCCUGACCAAACGACUUGUGAAGAUUCUACCAAACUGCUGUGUAAUACAUCAAGAUGACUUUUUCAAGCCCCAAGAUCAAAUAGAGGUCGGGGAGGACGGCUUUAAACAGUGGGAUGUUAUCACAGCCCUGGACAUGGAGGCCAUGUUGAACACCGUAAGAGGCUGGAACGAGAACCCGGUGAAGUUUGCUCGGUCUCAUGGUGUGACCCUGUCACCAAUGACAGAAGAGUCUGAUCCUGAGAGAGAGCUCCACAUACUCAUUGUAGAGGGAUUUCUUCUCUAUAAUUACAAACCUCUGAUUGAGUUCUUUGACAAGAGCUACUAUGUUGCCAUUCCAUAUGAGGAGUGUAAAAGAAGGAGAAGCACGAGAACCUACACUGUUCCUGACCCACCUGGUCUGUUUGACGGCCAUGUCUGGCCCAUGUACUUGAAACACAGGAAAGAGAUGGAGAACAACUGCUUAUCUAUUCGAUAUCUGGAUGGCACAAAAUCGAGAGACGAGAUCUAUAACCAGGUUUACAAGGACAUCCAGAACAGCUUGUUAAAUAGUUUAUAGCCUUUACAACCUGCCUGGUGUGCCUGUAUAUAUACCUGUAUAUAGAACAUUAAAUUAAACUGAAUACACUUUGUAAAUAUUAUCACUAGUUUAGAACCAUUGGCAGAUGCCUGGCCUUUUUUUUAUUGCGAUACUAUAUGUUCUGUGGCUUUUAUUUUAUAUUAAAUUAAUACUGGCUGGAAUAUAGACACACUGCUGUAAAGCAUGGAUGGCUAUUAUUUUGUGUUGUACUGUAACAUUAAUAAUGUGCCAUAACUUAAGAUAUUCUCAAUGAAAAGAAGAACAGUGAA